GACUUUGAUCACAUUAUGGAGGAAGGCUAUGAGCUUGACCUCACCUACAUCACAGAGCGGAUCAUCGCUGUCUCCUUCCCUGCUAGCUGUUCUGAGGAAACUUACCUCCACAAUCUUCAAGAUGUAACCCGAAUGCUCAAAUCCAAACAUGGGGAUAAUUACUUGGUGUUAAAUCUCUCUGAAAAGAGAUAUGACCUCGCCAAGCUCAACCCAAAGAUUGUGGAUGUGGGGUGGCCUGAUCUCCAUGCUCCGCCUCUUGAUAAGGUGUGCACCAUCUGCAAGGCUAUGGAGUCAUGGCUGAACAGUGAUCCUCAACAUGUGGUGGUGAUCCAUUGCAGAGGAGGAAAAGGAAGGAUAGGGGUGGUCAUAUCGUCGUACAUGCACUUCACCAAUGUUUCUGUGAGUGCUGAUCAGGCUCUAGACAGAUUUGCUAUGAAGAAAUUCUUUGAUGAUAAAGUUUCAGCUUUAAUGCAGCCAUCCCAAAGAAGAUAUGUGCAGUUCUUAAGUGGCCUUCUAUCUGGAUCUGUGAAAAUGAAUGCAACUCCUCUUUUCCUGCACUAUGUUAUCCUUCAUGGCAUCCCUAGCUUUGAUGCUGGGAGAGCUUGUCAGCCUUUUCUGAAGUUAUACCAGGCUAUGCAACCAGUUUAUACAUCUGGAAUAUAUAGCGUAGGAUCAGAAAAUAAAAGCCGGAUCUGCAUUGCUAUAGACCCUGCCCAGCUUCUGAAGGGAGAUAUUAUGCUGAAGUGCUACCACAAAAAGUACCGCUCCGCUACUCGUGAUGUGGUUUUUCGCCUUCAGUUUCACACUGGAGCUAUUCAAGGAAACGGCCUGGUGUUUGGCAAGGAGGACUUGGACAAUGCCAACAAAGAUGACCGUUUCCCUGAUUAUGGCAGAGUGGAAUUAGUGUUUUCAGGAACGCCAGAGAAAAUUCAAGGAUGUGAACACCUUCAGAAUGACCAUGGGGUGAUAGUAGAUUACAAUACCUCAGACCCACUGAUACGCUGGGAUUCCUAUGAAAACAUGAGCCCCGAUGGGGAAGUUCUGCAUACUCAAGGUCCCAUUGAUGGCAGCCUGUAUGCGAAAGUGAGAAAGAAGAGCUCUUCAGACAGCAGCAUCCCUGGUGUUGCACAGGGUGUUCCCAUGACUGGUAGUCCUGAUCACAGUGAUCAUACCCUGUCAGUCAGCAGUGAUUCAGGACACUCAACAGCGUCCAUCAGGACAGACAAGACUGAGGAACGCCUCGUGCCAGGAGUCAAAAGAGGUCUGAGCCCACAAGAGAAGGCAGAACUGGACCAGCUACUCAGUGGCUUUGGUCUGGAGGAUUCUGUCAACACCACCAAGGAUAUGACUGAUGCUCGAGGGAAGUACAGUGGGAUUCGCCAUGUAGUACCAGCUCAAGUUCAUGUGAAUGGAGACACCAAACUGAAGGACAGGGAGACUGACAUUCUGGAUGAUGAAAUGCCUAAUCAUGACCUUCACAGCGUGGACAGCAUCGGGACUUUGUCUUCCUCAGAAGGACAGCACUCUGCCCACCUAGGGAACUUUAGCUGCCACAAGAGCAGUCAGAACUCACUUCUUUCAGAUGGCUUUGGAAGUAACAUUGGGGAAGAGCAUCACAAUGCUUUUGCACCAGAUCUGGGAAUUGGUGUGGAUCCCCUCUAUGAGAGAUCAUUUGGAAGCACUGAGACAAAGUCAACUCAGCAAUUGCAACGGAAUCCUUCUGUCCCCCCCCAGCCUCAAGACUAUGGCCCAAGUAACUACUCUACUCAGACCUGGGUACGCCAGCAGCAGAUGGUCACUGCUCACCAAUAUGGUUUUGCCCCAGAGAAUGAAAUUAGGGUUGGCAUUCAUAGCACUGUGGAGAAUUCAGGCACCGCCCAGAGCCCAUCCCGAGUCCCAGACACCCCAACACGUGGCUCCAGCAGCAGAGAUGCUGUGCAGAGGGGUCUAGGAGGAGUGCCAGGUUCUGAAGCUGCAGAACAUGCCAGUGCUGAGAGCUUUAAGUCAAGGCCAGUGCCUCAGAGGGACACAAAUGGCCUGGAUCUGGAACGGAACACAGGAGACUUGCCAGCUUCUCCAACUUUGGAUAUUGAUCAGUCCAUUGAACAGCUGAACAGGCUGAUCUUGGAGUUAGACCCUACAUUUGAACCUAUCCCAACCCGCAUUAACAAUGUCACCAGGGACAGAAAUCAAGUAAAUGGCUUCACCAGACUUGAUGUUGAUGUGGAAGGCCUUGGCAGAAGUCCUGGCUUCCAUGAAAAAUUAGAGGUCACAAAUAGGAGUCCCUCUCGGCAUGGUAUGCAAGAUGCUGGUGCUGCAGAGGGGAGGAUCAGAAAGUUAAGUGUUGGGCAGUAUGACAAUGAUGUCCCUGGGCAGCCGUUGUAUAACAGGCUUGGAUGGAUGAAGUCUCCUGCUGCAGACCAGGCUGUAAAUCCAGGAUCACCGGUUCCUGUGGGGAAGACCAAGGAGAUGGCUGUUGCAUGUUACCACGAUGAAAUAGAUGGGGGAGUCUUCUCUCCAGCAAAAAGUGGAAAUGAAACUGUCCUAUCCACACCAGCUUUUCCCCUGUCACCAGAGACACCCUAUGUGAAAACACCUCCACUGUACCAUCAGCGGAUUCCUUCCAGCCAAAAGGUCAGCAGCCCGUCUGAGCUGUACAGAACCAGUCCUGAAUCUCGAAGUUACACAGAAGCCAUUAGCCAUGCUCUGGUGACGUCUGACAGCACUGUGGGCACUAACCCUGCUUUGCUGAAGGCCAACAUGCAGACAGAUCCCUCCUUUCAGCGCUGCUUUGCAUCUUCGUGUACUGUUUCAAGUAACAGUCCUGUCCCAGGGGGAGAAAGCUCUUCCGUACCAGAACUUCCUUGGCUUGAAAGCAACCCAAAAGCUUCCUCAUCACUACAGUUUUCAAUGGGAAACAGCAGGCAGCCAGGAGGUUACCUUCUGCCCUCUGAAUUUUCAAAUGCUGUGCAAGAUGGCUCUCUCUUGACUCGUUUCCAGACUCCAGAACUGCAAGUUGUCACCCUGAACAGCCUGGAGAAUCCACCAGUAGAGCCACAGCAAGAAUCUGCUGUCAGCAACAGUGCCCGGUCCUACCUGAGCUACAGUGGGGGCAGCAGGAGCAGUAGCUCCCCCCGAGAGGAGAAACAAGCUACUUUGAUAGCCAGUACUGGCAUCUGUCCUAAAACAAUGAGCUCAUCAGUGGCAAGUGCUGAGGACAAUGGCUCUUUGACACAAAACUUUCUUACAGUGGCCUCUGGACACAAUAGCCAGAACAGUGUGGUUCAGCAGCAGCAUGGAGGGAAUCUACAUGCCCAACCACCUCUCCCAGAGAAAAAGCGGUCCUCUGAAGGAGACCGUUCCUUUGCCUCUGUAUCACCUUCUUCAAGUGGCUUCUCCAGCCCCCACAGUGGAAGCACAAUCAGCAUCCCUUUCCCAAAUGUCCUCCCAGAUUUCUCAAAAACGUUGAGCAUUUCCCCAGUGCCAGAAAACACAACAGAUAAACACGUGACUGUGAAAUUUGUCCAGGACACAUCCAAGUUCUGGUAUAAGCCAGAUAUUUCAAGGGAACAAGCCAUUGCUGUUCUCAAGGACAAGGAGCCUGGCUCAUUCAUUGUUAGAGACAGUCAUUCCUUCCGGGGAGCUUAUGGGCUGGCCAUGAAGGUUGCUACACCACCUCCUUCUGUGCUGCAGUUAAACAAGAAAGCUGGAGAUUUGUCAAAUGAACUUGUAAGGCAUUUUCUGAUUGAGUGCACUCACAAGGGGGUACGCUUGAAAGGAUGCCCGAACGAACCGUAUUUUGGUAGUUUGACAGCUCUGGUGUACCAGCAUUCCAUCACACCACUGGCAUUGCCCUGCAAGCUUCUCAUCCCAGACAGAGAUCCCUUGGAGGAGAUAGCAGAAACCUCUCCGCAAACUGCGGCAAACUCAGCAGCGGAGCUUCUCAAGCAGGGUGCAGCGUGUAACGUUUGGUACCUGAAUUCAGUGGAGAUGGAGUCCCUCACGGGCUACCAGGCAGUGCAGAAAGCCUUGAGCAUGACGCUGAUGCAAGAUCCUUCUCCCGUCUCAACUGUUGUCCAUUUCAAGGUGUCUGCACAGGGAAUCACGUUGACUGAUAAUCAAAGAAAACUCUUUUUUCGGCGACAUUAUCCGGUCAACACUGUUAUUUUCUGUGCUUUGGAUCCACAGGAUAGAAAAUGGAUGAAAGAUGGCCUUUCUGCAAAAGUGUUUGGGUUCGUUGCCAGGAAGCAAGGCAGUGCCACAGACAACGUGUGCCACCUCUUUGCAGAGCAUGAUCCGGAGCAACCCGCCAGCGCUAUCGUGAACUUUGUAUCAAAGGUCAUGAUUGGAUCUCAGAAGAAGAUCUGAUGCCUUUCCACCCUUGUCUCAGCACUCUUCAGUGGUGUAACUGAAGGGAAGCACUUUGAGAGGGAGAAAGCCUUUUCAGCAGCAGCGUCUGAACCUUGUCAUUCCCAAGAAGGAAAGCAGAGGACAGUCAUCUGCAUUGUGUUUGCAAGAGUUCAGCCUUUCCCUUGAAGAUGCCUCUGACUUAACAAAGCAUUUCUUUGACUUUAUAUCAGAAGACAAAAGAAGCUGGGUGCCACCCAGACCCAUGUAGCCCACACCUGAAUGAAGCAUAAAUUGAAAACUUUCUCCUGAAGGGCUUCUGAUGUC